AAUGUCACUAUUUAUUUUAUAUGUGUAGGUUUAUAUACGUAAAGUAAAUAAAGAAUGCUGCGAAAAAAGAAUCUCUUUGAAACAUGAGCAAAUCUCAGGAGAGGAGCACAAGCUCCGCUACCUCCACACCCAACAACAACACAUCCGACGACCUUCACAAUGUCUCCGACACAUUCUACACCAGCCAGCGCAAAGGCAGCCACGUAUUUCGCGUUCGCCUCGAUGCCAGCGGAUUCACGCUGCAGCGCGAAUCUCCCAGUGGGGUCACCAUCAAGGAGCAGACGGUGAAAAUAUGUGAUAUUGUCGGUGCACGCUGCAUGCGCCUGAAGAAAUCACCACGCAGUCUGACCAGAUGUGCCUGCGUCAAUCCCGGUACUCCGGCAGCAGCUGCGGCCGCUGCCAGCCAUCGCAAAACUGGCACACCGAGCAGGUGCAGCACGGCCAGCAAGGAGGAUUAUGGUGCCUGCGAUGGCGGCGAUGGUAGCGCCUAUCUGUAUCUCUUUGCCUAUGUGCUGAAGAAGAAGAGCUUGAGGAGCACCCUGCACCGGGAGCGCACUGUGCUGACACUGCGCUUUCGCUCCUUUGACACGUUUGAGGAUAAUAUGCGUGAGGCGGAUCGCUGGUAUCGUGCCCUGCGCUGGCAGCUCCAUCACACGCUGGAGCCCACGUUUGUGGAGCGACUGGAUGAGGCACGGCGUCGUCGCAUCCUCGUCAUGCUCAAUCCCAAGUCGGGGUCGGGCAAUGCGCGCGAGGUGUUCAACAUGCAUGUGGCGCCCGUGCUCAACGAGGCUGAGGUGCCCUACGAUCUGUACGUAACGAAGCAUUCCAACUAUGCCAUCGAAUUUAUGGGCAAUCGUCGCCUGGAUGACUGGUGCACCAUUUUGUCCGUGGGCGGCGACGGUCUCUUCCACGAGAUUAUCAACGGGCUGUUGCGACGCCCGGACUGGUCUCAAGUCCUCGACAGCAUUGCACUGGCCAUCAUACCCUGUGGCUCCGGCAAUGGACUGGCCCGUUCCAUAGCGCAUGGCUACAAUGAACCGUAUUUCAGUAAUCCUGUUCUGGGUGCCGCACUGACCGCCAUCAGCGGACGCAGCUCGCCGUUGGAUGUGGUGCGUGUGCAGCUGGAGAGUCGCGUCAUGUUCUCGUUCCUCUCCAUUGGCUGGGGCCUGAUCUCGGAUGUGGACAUUGAGAGCGAGUGCAUACGCAUGUUUGGCUAUCAGCGCUUCACCAUUUGGACGCUUUAUCGCCUGGCCAAUUUGCGCACGUACAAUGGCAAGAUUAGCUAUCUGCUCGCUGACGAGGCGACGGAGCCGCAUGCUGGACACGCUGCGCAGUCGGAGCAGCUGCUAAAGAUGCCGUCGAGUCGCAGCUGCAACAUGCAUAUCGAUAAGCUGUCCAAUGCGACCAGUUAUCGCCGCUCCACGGAAUAUUUGCCGUCUGAAUUCGAGGACGUCAUCUCACUGGAGACGUCCAUAAAUCAGUCGUUCCGAUCGCGUUGCGACAGUUGGCUAUCGGGUGGUUCGCGUCGCAGCUGCUACUAUUCCAUAUCAGAGAGUGUCUAUCACAGCUUGGCGGACGAAAGCGAAUUCACUCAGCCAUCGACGGCAACUGUGACGGGCUUGGAGACGAGCCAGCUGAGCUUUGGGCCGAGCAGCAGUCUGCCAGCGUUGGAUGAGCCGUUACCGGCAGCGGACGGCUGGCUGGUGGAGGAGGGUGAAUUCGUAAUGAUGCAUGCCGUCUAUCAGUCGCAUCUGGGCAUCGAUUGCCAUUUUGCGCCCAAGGCGCAAUUGAACGAUGGCAAAAUCUAUUUGGUUUUAAUACGCGGCGGCAUCAGUCGACCGCAUCUGUUGAGCUUCCUAUACAAUAUGAGCACGGGCACCCACCUGCCCGAGAAGAACAACGACUAUGUGAAGGUGCUCCAGGUACGUGCGUUCCGCUUGGAGCCGCACGACAAUCACGGCAUCAUCACCGUCGAUGGCGAACAGAUCGAAUUUGGUCCACUUCAGGCCGAAAUACUUCCAGGCAUUUCACGUGUCAUGAUACCAAAAUAGGACGAGGAUUGGCCACUGUUUGGGGAGUGUGACAGGGCAAGGCAUGAAUCUUAAAAGCAACGAACGUACAUUCGAGCAAUAAUUAUUAAUCACUACUUGGGAAUCUCUGCAUUUGUAUAUGUAUUUGUCGAGGCAAUUCUGUUCUUAGAUUGUCUGCGUUUCAAACAAGUUGCAUGUUAAAUACGUUUUUAUUAUUAUUCCUGCAGUUAUGGGCUACAAAUGGGUUUAUUUUCUUGUUAACAUUCAUCAAUAUUAUUGUAGUUAUUAACACAAUAUAUACACAUAUAUACGAAUAAGCCAAAACAAUUGUAACUAAUAUUGUGGAAAAAAAAGAAAUAAAAUCUCAAAGGGAAAUUUGAA